AUGAAGGCAUUCAGCCUUGACAUCACCACAGACUUUGACUUUCUUGAAAUCCUUCCAAACAACAGAAUGACUGCGAUUCUUGCUGGCUGCUACUCCCACAACCAGUACCAGCAGUUGAAUUCGUGGCCGUUGGCGGAAGAUGAAGCUUCUGGAGUUCUUGGAGCAGAAGGAGCUCCUGCCUUAGUCGAAGCAGAAGGCACUGGCAACGUCGUCGAGGCCGUCCGCCACGAGUGCUCCAUCAUGGGUGAAAUCCGCGCGCUCCACAACAUGGACGACGACGAGGUCUUCGCCUACGCCAACCGCAUCGCCGCGCCCUACGACCUCGUCAUGCAGACCAAGCAGCUGGGCCGCCUCCCCGUCGUGCAGUUCGCGACCGGCAACGUCGCCACCCCCGCCGACGCCGCCCUCAUGAUGCAGCCCGGCUGCGACGGCGUCUUCGUCAGCUCGGGCAUCUUCAAGAGCGGCGACCCCGCACGCCGCGCCCACGCCAUCGUGCAGGCCGUCACCCACUGCAGGUCAUCGCGUCCAAGCACGCCGCCGCCUCGUCGUCCUCGCUGGCACACCUUCGCCGUGGAGCUCUGCCCGGUGUGCCGCGACAGAGAAAGAGAGGAAGAGAUGAACGGAGAGAAAGAGAGGAAGAAUAAAGAGUACGGGGCAUGA